CUGUUCAAGAGGUGCUCUGUGUCUCUGUGGAGAGGGAAUGCUGCCCUGUGGCUGCAGAGUUUACCUCCAAUCUCCUUCAUUAACAGUGUUGUCUGACUUUCUCAUACUUUGUUUGUUUGUUUGAUCGUUUUUUGGUGAAUGUCUUUUUUUGUUUUCGAGGCUUGGCAAUUGCGCACACGCAGACGCCUAUCGUGGAUUGAUUAUAGUUCAUACAAAUGUUUUUCGCAAGAAAUAGGUAAUAAAUAGGUAAUAACUAAUGCAUCGCUCGUAAUACGCCCCCAUUGGGUUCCCCUCACUUUUAUAUUUGAGCUUCGCAAUGCGUGCUCCGAAGAAAAGUGUGUGUGUGUGUGUGGGGGGGACCCAAUUGGGGCGUAUUACACUCUAUUUCUUGCGAAAAAAUUGCUGCAUGUAUGACUUCAAUGUAGCAACAACAACCGCCCGAGGAAUGCAAGCCUCCUGAAGUCAGGGGCGGCGAAGAGUCUGUAGGCUACACGAGGAGAAUAAGAUGCCGCGGGCGCGCGUGAGGAUUGGUUAUAAAACGAGCCGAUGUUCUGCGUCCUGGCCAUACUCGUUCAAGCCUUGCUUGUAGCCGCGAAUAAUGGGAUCACUUUGGGUACUGGCUUUUGCAGCUAGCAUUGCACUCUGCGGUUCCCAGCUGCAGCAUUAUACGAAAUCACCAGAUGAACAUAACUGCGAUAACAGAGUCUGCGAGUAUGUGUACUCGUUCGAGGAUGAUUCAGUUCAAGGAGAAUGAUCAGCCACUGACGAUGAGCACCACUUGUACAGAUCAUGUGCGAUCAACUGGUACAUAUGGAUCUCUGAGUGCCACACGAUACUGUAUGUCAGUAUCAGAUGUGGGUGGAAGUAUCCUUACCUUCAGAGGCAACCAGACAACUGAAGCAGACAACAGAGAAACUUUGAUGAGGGAGUAUGCACUUGAGCGGCUCUCUGGAUGGUUCUGCUUUGUUCAGACCACUUUUGGUCAGGUGGUGUCAGUUUUCCACUCGACAACCGAAGAAGUCGAAGUAGUUAAUAUCAAGAAAGGCAUUGCUUCUGCUUUCCAAGCCAACCUUAGAGGGACAACUGAAGAAACUGAAAUUGACCCGCAGUCCAAACACAUCUCUCAUUACAGUUAUCCAGAUUCGGUAGACGAAGUGAGGAAAAUGCGUAGAACCAUCGACAGUGAAGAUAUCAUCGAGUUCCCAAUGCACAUUCCUACCCGAGAUGUCAAACUUCAUGAAGAAGAAGACAUUGAGUACAAAGACGGAAGACUGAUCAAAUCCAAUGGAACAUUGCACCUCUCCAUAGACUCAUCAUCAACCAGCAGACUUGAAGGGAGCGAUGAGUUUUCAAAUGCGUUUACUGCCCAUGGGUCUUUCAGUAUGGAGCUGAAACUCUGCAGGAUUUCUGCACGAUUUUCGCGGAAAAGAAGGGCCAUCCAAAAAAGUGUCGACGGUAGCUAUUCAGUAGAGGAAAACCUCAUGGCCACCUUUGAUGAGAGGAAGAUGGAGCUCGAGAAGCUAGAAACUUUACGCCGUGAUCUGAAAACACCCCAGCAAGUCCUUACAGCUCUUCAGAAUAUAAACAGUGGAAAAAAUUUCAAGGCCCUGGGACAAGUGAUGGUGUUGGAGCGUAAGUAUGGAGCAAUGGGUGUGUCUGUCACUGACACUGUCCUUUAUUACCUAAGAAAGAUACAAUCUGAAGAGGAUAUGACCCAGAGAGUGGCAAUCUACUCUCUACUCAGUUCUGAAGGCAGCACCAGGGCUGAAAAUGCAUUGAUGGAGAGGUUACUAGGAGAGGCUGUAUCUGAAUUAGAAAAGCAGUCGAUAAUUCUGGCGAUAUCAUUACUGUCAACACCCAGUCCUCAUGUGAUUCAGACUUUGGAAGAAAUGAUUUCGCAGAGUGGCAAUGAAUCUUCUACUCUUCUUCUAGCAUACGGUGCCAUUGUUGCUAAUGCUCCUUCCACUCAAAAGGAAAGGAUGGUAUCAUUUAUGACUGCUUUACUUCCUCCCGUCACAUCUGAAAGCACACACAGUGUAAUCCAUGUCUUGCAUGCGCUGGGAAAUACGAAGUCAUCGCUAGCAGUUGAGCAUAUAGUUCAGUACCUGUGGCAUGAAGAUGAAGACGUGAGAGUGACUGCAGUUACAGCAUUGAGGUUCUUUACUGCCAGACCCGACACCCAGCAGCAUCUACUAGACAUGUUACACGAUAGUUCAGACAGCAUGGUAGAAGCAAUCAUUCAUGCUUUACGUGAUGGAUAUGAGUACAAUAGAGAGAUGCCACUUGACCAAGAGCUUAUUGAGUCCUUGGCAAACAUAACCAUUAACCUUGGUAACUACUACCUUCAAGAUGAACUUAUGUACUUUCUUAGAGCUGUAGGAACACAUUCUAGUCUAGCUCUAGUUGACCUCAUUGUUAGCAGUAGAGCUGAAGAAGCCAGACUAAAACGAGACACAAGUACUAUUUGGGACGACCCCUCCUCAGAGUAUGACUUCAUCUGUCCUCUAUCGGAAAGGCAAGCUGAUGUGAGAAACUUUCCCUCUCACCAAAGCUGUCUGUGGAGUGAGACGGUUGGCAAAGACGAGGGAGAUCUUAAAGUAUACCUCAAGUCUGGAGUUGGGCUAUUUGCUGGUGGUAAUAAAUGCAACUGUGACUUAAAAGCACUGGGAAAGGCUGUCGUUCGUGGUCACCUUUUGGGAUGGGAAGCUGACGCUGUCAAAAUUCUUGGAUGUGUCUUGAAACAUAAUGGCAUAAUAAAAGUAAAAGCCUACAUUAAAUUCGUUGGAUUGGUUCUAUUGGAUGUUGACUUGCCUCUGAGUUACACUUACCAGCUACCACAAUAUGACCUCACACUAUUCUCUGUAUCGUACACAUUCAUUGUUUACAUUGUACCAGUAACUCUCUCUGCUAGUUUGCAAGUACACGUUGGGGGUCAGGUUUUUGCUGGGCUGGAAGUGGGUGAAAGUGGCAGUAUCAAGGGAACGGUCUCCUUCACUCCAUUUGUCACAGCUACUGUAGACGCCAGUGCUUCUGCCUCAAUUUUUGUGGCACAGGUUGGGAUAUUUCUAACUGGGACUAUCACCUACAAUAUCUCAGCCUGGGCAUCAGUUGCUGUCUGUCGACCUCAAAAUCCAUGGUUUGUGGAGAUAUAUCUUGGAGCAGACCACGGCUGGUCACCAACCAGCAUAACACUGGGAGCUUUCUACCAACUGCGAACCUGGACUUUUUCUUGGGGAAGUCGAAGGACAUGGAGUCCUCUCACCUACACUUGGACACUACCUGGCAGUGGACGCCUGCCACUCAUUGAGGAGUGCACAGACACAGAUGGUGGCGAGCCAACUCCUCCUGCUACAACCUGUCCGUCGGCCACUCCUGUCAGCACAAGCUCAACCACGCCUACAGCAUCUUGGGCUAAGUAUCGUCCAACUCCAACUCCAACUCCAGAAAUUGUCAUUCCUCAUGGAAGUGGUGCUGAACCUGCUCCUCCUACUAAACCUCCUCUUACUAAACCUAAACCUUUCUUUCCCCCUGUGUAACUUCAGUGUUACUGGUUAUUGAACAUCCCACAUUAGUGCAGUGGAAACGAAAGACAUUUCUAGGUAUAUUAUAGCUAAAAGUGUAGGAAUAUGAAAUGUACAAGAAGUAAGUGGUGUCCUGAAUAAUUGUACUUGAGUGUGAUAUUUAACAAUAAUUGAGGUCAAUAAUGAAA